CCAGAAUGAGGCGGGGCUUAUGCAAAUCGUGUCGCCUCCGACAGACACAUAGUGAUACAAGAGCUGGGAGGCGGCUCCGGCGCGGACCUUGGAGAACCUGGCGGCCGGCCCGCGAGCCAGUCUCGGUCCCCACGGCCCGCCGAGGCUCAGAGUCAUCCAGCGACCCGGCGCUCGGCCUCAGGCCCUGCCAUGGGGAAGACCAAUAGCAAGCUGGCCCCAGAGGUGCUGGAAGACCUGGUUCAGAACACCGAGUUCAGCGAGCAGGAGCUGAAGCAGUGGUACAAGGGCUUCCUGAAGGACUGCCCCAGCGGCAUCCUCAAUCUGGAGGAGUUCCAGCAGCUCUACAUCAAGUUCUUCCCGUACGGCGACGCCUCCAAGUUUGCGCAGCACGCUUUCCGCACCUUCGACAAGAAUGGCGACGGCACCAUCGAUUUCCGGGAGUUCAUCUGUGCCCUUUCGGUCACCUCCCGCGGCAGCUUCGAGCAGAAACUCAACUGGGCCUUUGAGAUGUACGACCUGGACGGCGACGGGCGCAUCACGCGCCUCGAGAUGCUGGAGAUCAUCGAGGCUAUCUACAAGAUGGUGGGCACCGUGAUCAUGAUGCGCAUGAACCAGGAUGGGCUCACACCCCAGCAGCGUGUGGACAAGAUCUUCAAGAAGAUGGACCAGGACAAGGAUGACCAGAUUACACUGGAGGAGUUCAAGGAGGCGGCCAAGAGUGACCCGUCUAUUGUGCUGCUGCUGCAGUGUGACAUGCAGAAGUAGAGGCUGGUGAGGGGCAGGGCCCCUGGCCAGGAGGGGCGUGGCCACCUCCCAACCCAGUGACCUCUCUGGCUGGCCCUUCCUAGGGGGAGGGGGACUCCAGCCUCACUCUCUGGCCCACCCACCCCUCUGCCCAAGCCCUUGCUCCCCUCAGUCAAGAUCCUUGAGGGACCACCUCACCCUGGAAUCGAGACAGAUCCUCAGGUAUCCUAUGGUCCAGCCCCAGCCCCAGUCUUGGCCCACAACUACCAUCUACUGGGCAUAGGGGAGUUUUUGCCCCAAAGUGUAGGGUAAAGGAGGGGGGGCUGGGUUCUGCUGUGAAAUUCUGUUCUUCCUGGGAUUGUGCUUUAUAGGAUGUGGUCCCACAGACCCCAGUUAAAGGGCCAAAUUGGGUCUGUCCUUUGCUGAGGACCCAGAUCCCUUCAAGGUGGUCUGUGCCCUGCCCCCACAAUUCUACCUGGCACCUCCGGCCCCCGCCUUUGGAGUGUUCAUUCAGUCCUUUCUUCAGCUAACCUUUAUCGAGCACCUGUUCAAGGCCAGGCACCUCUAGGUGCUAAGGCUGUGGUAGUUUACAAGACACAUUCUGUGCCCUCUGGCAGCUCAUAGGUAGUACGGUCAGGGUCUCAGACAGGGAUGUCAAACAUGGGUGAGUAGACGAUGCAGUCAGGCUGGUUAGUUUGAGAAGAACUAUUACAUCUUUCGCUUCGGCUUCAUGCAGAGCUAUAGGAGGAUGAAAUGAGAAGUGUUUGGAAGUCUAAGAACCGUGUCAGUGGAAGUUUUAAGAAAAACUGAAAUUUAUGUAAUCCUUAUUUUUAUAGUACCCUUUUAAAAGAGCUAAAAUCCUUUAUUCAUUGAGGAUAUUAAACAUACUUUAUAUUACUGGGUUUCUUGUAAAAUGAUUAAAUGAAUAUGGAAAAUGCUAAUUUUCAGGGGAAAAAAAAGAGCUGAGAAAAAAAGAGAAAAUACCACCCAGCUUACCAGAUGACACUUUUUCUUAUCAGGCUAAGCCCUGAGCUGUCACCAUCAGCAGCUUCUGCUACUUCCUUUUUCAUGAUCUUUUUCAGUUCAGUGAGCAAGUCUCUACUGUGCACUUAUUCUGGUUGGAUGCUGACUUCAGAAACAGAAAAUACAAGGUUUGCUGAGACGGAGGUGAGCAUAGUUCCCACAGCUGGAUUUGGUCUAGUUUAAGGAUGGGUUUAUUCUUUCUCUGCUAUCGAAGCAGAAGGAGCUAGAAGAGGACCAGCCGACCACUGUUCAGGCUGCCAGCAUUUAUGGACCAAAUGCUUGAAAAUGUGCUGGGCGUGCUCCACUUGAAAGGCUUUUUCUAAUCCCAAAUCCUGAAUCUGCCAGGUAUUUCAUCAUCUUCCAAAUGCACUGGCUUUGCUUUCCAAUGUUUGCUUUCCAAUUUUGGAUCCACGAGCUAUACAGCUGCAUGCUUUGACUGCCAGAAAAUUAAUCCUGCUUCUUCAUCAAGUCUUUCACAUUACUUUCUUCUGUACUUGUAAUCAGAAAUUAGCUUUGAUGCGCAGUGACUGUGGAUUUCCUCUUGAACUGCUGGGGAAAACAGUCUAGUACACAGGUGCCAUCAGCCCAGGGUAGGAGCAGGGAAUGAUUGCUGGGUCGAGGGUGAGUGGUGGUCAUGCAGGACUGUAUGUGUAGGAAAGAGAUGCAACAUACCUCUUACUUCUGAGUGCGCACCUGUCCUCCCUCUCUGCAGGUGGAAACUCUUGGGGAUGAUGACCUUUGGUCUCAAACUCUAUCAGACCUUCCUUCUUGCUGCCCCUGGAGGUAGCAAGUUCACUGAGUUGUCACCUUCUUUCUAUCCCUCUGCCUAUGACCAGCCACAUGAUAAGCCGGGGAACUCACAUCCUUGGGCAAUAGCCAGCAGCCUUUUAUUCAGUAAUAUCUCAAGGGAUGUUCCAUUGCUCUCAGGAGCUAGCUGUUAGGUGUGUCUUAUGCUUUCAGCACCAGGGAUACAUAGGGACUCAACUGCCCAGCUCAGCUGAGACUUCCAGUGGAAGGCCUUUGACAAAGUGGGGAAAAAACUACCCGUCAAACGUUGACUCUAACCUAAUUCACAAUCACACAGAACUUCAUGGCUUUCCAAGGCUUGCCAUCAACCACAUCUCAUUUUAUCCUCCCAUCCUAGGGAAAUAGGGAUUUUUCAUUCCAUUUCUCCAGACUUGGGAACUGAGGCACAGAAUGAAGUUCCUUGUACACAAGCAUGGUCAGGAAGUGGUACAGUGCCAAGACUUGAACCCAAGGCUCGGUGAGGGUUUCUUCCCUUCAGAGUCUCUUCUCUGCUCAUUCCUCUGACUCUGAGUUGUGCAGAGGUUUGACUGCAGGGCAAGCUAAGUUGGUUUGGGUCUUUUACAAGCUUCCUGCUAAGAUGAUUCUGAGGGUGUAGUCUUCCAAAAAGAAAUAGGAGCUUGGCUGAAGCUCCUACAUUCUCAAGCAUCUUAUUUUCUGCUUCUGGGCAGCUCUGCUUACAGGUCAGUGCUGUCCUAGGAGGUCUCUGCCUCAACCCUGGGAGCAUCUUGCACUGUCUUUACUGCCAUCUUCCUCCUUAAGAGAAUUUUUUUUUUUUCCCCAUCUGGUGGCAAAAUUCUACCCAUGAGGGCAUGUUUGAUCACUCCAUGCUUCUGGACACAUACCCAUAGGUGAUAUUUGCUGGUCAGGCCAAAGAUCCUCAGACAUCCUAGCAGUGUGACCACAUCAUGCCAGGCUAGGAACUGGGACCACUGUGUUGCUGAUGGGAGGAGCCACAGAUGGGCCAGACCUUGCUCCCACAUAUUCCUGGAUGUCCCAGGGACUAUGUGCUUGGGAAUUCCUGUGGUAGAGCACUGGCCCUGCCUUGAGAAGGGAGGCAGGCCUCCCAUCCUGCCCCAGCUGAGAGGGACUUGCCAUAGAGCAUAAGAUUAGCAGACACUGAAGUAUGACUUGCACAGAUACAAAAAUAUGCAGACAGUUAAAACGCUGAUAUAGCCAAACUCUCCUUUGAAGUUGUGCAUCUUCUAGCAGCAUCUCUGUGAAUCGCAAAGUCCCCAAAUCUGCCUUCUGACUGUAUUCUGUCCUCAUUCAUCCUUUUGGAGUAACCCCUUAUUUCUUAUCUCUAAAAAUCAUCAGCAAGGAUGACUUCAGAUGGCCUCUCUAGUUUUUUGAGCUGUAGUCAGGAUUAUAUGGCUGACCUUUAAAUCAAAAGGAAAAAGGAAGCCCGUAGGCAACAGAAGUGAAUUUCUCCAGACAAUGGCAGAGUCUCUAGAGGUAGAAAUUCACUCUGCUGCAGAGAGAAGAGGAGGGGAGAGAAGAGAGAGAAAGGGAGAAUAAGGGAAGAAGCCAGGCAGGAUAGUAAGCUGAUACUGUAAAUAUUUUUACAGAAAAAUUUACUAAAGCAACAAAUAUUUCCUGAAGCUCAACCCUGGGUGAGGCUUCGUGCUGUCUUUAGAGAUCACUGUGGGGGCAAGAAUACAUUUCUUACAUAUCUUAUUCAUCAGUUUUGAGAAAAAUAAUUCAAAUCUGUAAUUGAAAAAUCUCAGAAAAACAUGGGAUUUUUCUUUCUGAAAUUUUCAGGAUUUUCUUUUACCUUCGCCAGAGUGUGGGGGCAGGACUGGGCCUCCCAGGGGCUAUAGCCCUUCCUGCUUGGUGAAGGCUGCAGGAGUGUGGAGGCCUGGAGAAGUAGGGGGCAGAGGGGGCCCUCCCAACUUGUUCUCCAGUGUGGCCCCUUGUCCCCUUCAGCUGUGCUGCUCCUGGCUGUGCCUGCAGUGACUGCCUCACUGUUCAACCUUGUGUUGUGUGGUGUGCUUAUUUUUCACUGACAGUGAAUAAAAGAUGUGACCAUGCUGAGAA